GUUUUGGCCCGGCCCCACCCAAUCGGGCUCAGGUGCGUCUCCGCCCAUCCCUCGCGGUUCCCCGAGUGCGGAAGCGUCUGGGUCCACAACUCCGCUUCGUCAAUGGCGUCCUCUUCGGUUCUGACGCCCGACGGCGGAACUUUGACGCCUCCCAGAACCUCGCAGCCCGACGGGCUUUCGGACCGUCGCGAGAUGGCGUCCCCGAGCCUCCCCGCGAGCCCGGUCGAGGGACUCGAACUCGGCGGCGAUGGUUCGGAGAAGCUGAGCGCGUCCGGCGUCAACCGCAUCCUGACCGAGUUCUUCGUGUACUUCCUCCGCUGCGUGGUGCUCUUCUACCCGGUCUACCUGACGGGCUACCUGGGCCUGAGCAUCAGCUGGCUGCUGCUGUGCAUGCUCUUGGUCACCUGGUGGAAGAAGAAUCGCCAGUGGAAGGACUCCCGCAUCGGGAGCGCAAUUGACUUUGUGGACAACGAGAAGCAGGUGGUGAGCACGGAGCUGAAGACCUCCCUCCAGAUGGCAUCGUGGAUCCAAUUUGCUGACGUGGAGAAAGUUGAAUGGGUUAACAAGGUGUUGGAGCAGGCCUGGCCUUUCUUCGGGAUGUUCAUGGAGAAGCUCCUGCGGGAAAACAUCCAGACGGCCGUCAGGCAGUCGAACUCCGAGCUCAAGACCUUCACCUUCACCAAGAUCCACUUUGGACAUGUGCCACUCCGCAUUGUUGGAAUCCAAGCGUACACGCAUGAGGUGGAUCACCGGGAGGUGGUCCUGGACCUGACCGUCAAUUACGAAGGCGACGUGGACAUCGACGCCGAGCUCAAGUCGGCCAUCACGGCCGGCGUCAAAGGACUUCAGCUGCGAGGGAUGAUCAGGGUGAUUCUGGAGCCUCUCAUCGGACAAGUGCCGCUCGUGGGAGGAGUCACCUUCUUUUUCAUCCGCCGCCCGACCCUCGAAAUCAACUGGACGGGCAUGACCAACAUUUUAGACAGCCCCGCCUUCAGCUCCUUGUCCGAGGGCACCAUCAUGAACAGCAUCGCCUCCCUGAUGGUGCUGCCUAACCGCAUGUGCUUUCCGCUCAUCGACCAAGUCAAAGUGGACCAGAUGAGGUUUCCGCUGCCCCGCGGAGUGGUGAGGGUGCACUUGCUGGAGGCCAGGGACCUGGUGGCCAAGGACACGUACAUGAUGGGCAUGGUGAAAGGCAAGUCGGACCCGUACGCCAUGCUGCGCGUGGGCGACCGCGGCGUCAGGAGCAAGACCGUUAAAGAGAAUCUGCACCCCAAAUGGGGGGAGGCCUAUGAGUUUGUUGUCCACGAGGCGCCGGGACAAGAGCUGGAGGUGGAGAUUUUUGAUGAAGACACGGACAAAGACGACUUCAUCGGAAGGUAUGACCUCGAUCUGGGGGAAGUGAAGAAGGAGAAAGAAAUGGAUCAGUGGUUUCCCCUGGAGGGCGUCCCGAGCGGAGAAGUUCAUCUGAAGCUUCAUUGGCUUUCGCUCCAAGAUGACAUCACUCUGCUGAAGGAGUCGUCCGAGGGCUACGCUUGUGCCAUGCUUGCCGUGUAUCUGGACAACGCCUCCAACCUUCCCAAAGACUUGAGUGAGAUCGAGCAUCACCAUAAAAAGAAACACGGGAGAGAAGGUCGGCUCACCAGGAAGUCUGCGGGUCCGAGCUCCUAUGUGGAGUUGUCCAUCGACGACACGGUUCAGAAAAGCAAGGUUGCGUUUUCCAACAAAGACCCCGUUUGGGAAGAGGGCUUCACUUUCUUUGUGCAUGACAUCAAAACGCAGCAGCUCAUUGUCCAGGUCAAAGAGAACGAGAAGAAGACGCAACUGGGCAUUCUGCGCUUGCCCCUGAGCCGCUUCAUCAAGGUCUCCAACAUGAUGCUGGACCAGCGCUUCCUGCUGGAGCAGUCGGGAGCCAACAGCCAAAUCAAACUCAAAGCCACGCUCAGGGUUCUCACUGUGGAGCAGCCGGCACCCAAACCCGUCAUUGAGAGCCAAGAAAUGGCGCAGAGCAACGCCAGCGUGUCCUCCACAACCGCGUUUCCUUCCAGCAGUCGGGCCUCGUCCGCGGGCGGGCCGGAGGACUACACCACCCACCGGCGGGGUUCCUAUUUGGCCACGGAGGCCUUGAGGACCUCCCCGUCUACCGUCAGCACGGGGCGCUACGACUCGCACAGCCUCUUGUCGGAGAACGCUCUUGCGGCGUCGCGCUUCGAUCUGGUGGAUGGGGCCUCCUAUCCAGAGGCCCUCCGCAAACAUCGAGGAAGCUUGGGGGAGAUUUGCCUGUCUGCGCGCUACGCCACCCUGAGGAACAAACUGGUCAUUACGGUCAACGGCUGCAGGGACAUCUUCGCCUGUAGCGAAAACGGAACCGACUCGUACGUGCGGCUGUAUUUGCUUCCGGACCAGACGUGGAGACACCGCAAGCGCACUCACGUCAAGAAGCGGACCGUCAAUCCCGUCUUUGAGGAGAAGUUUGAGUUUGACGUGUCCCUGGCGGAGGCCCUAACGCGCACCUUGGAUGUGGCGGUGAAAAACAACAAGAUGUUCCACAUGCGCGAAAGGAAGGACAUUGGAAUGGUGCUGAUCAGUCUUGGCCAGCUGGAUCUUGUCAAAGGUGUCAAAGACUGGUACAAGCUCUCGUUACAAGGCCAGAAGCGUCAAAGCAGGGGCGAACUCUAACAUGCUUCCAGAUCAAGACCAUCUGCUAAAUAAAGCACGAGGCCAUUGAA